AUUUCCUCCACCAGAACAUCGACGAGACAUAAAAAAGAGAACCAGAACAUCGAGGAGAGCAGGAAAUCCGUCGGGAGGGAUUCGAGCGCUAAGCCAACAACAACCACGUGACCAAGCAAGUUAGCAAAACAUGGGCUGCAGCAUGAGCCGGUUCGUCAAGGCGACGAUCGCAGUCGUCUUGCUCGUCAUGAUCUUCAUGUCCGGCGCAAUGGCGGCCACCAGCUUGGACGCCACCCGGAUCCAGCAGCUGCCAUUGGCGGACGGACUUCUCCAAGGGCCAGAGAGCGUCGCCUUCGACGCCCAAGGNCACGGCCCAUAUAGCGGCGUCUCCGACGGCCGCAUUCUCAGAUGGGACGGUGACAAGACAGGCUGGACCACUUACGCAUACGGCCCUGGCUACGACGAAGACAUGUGCACGGCUUCGAUAUUCCGCCCGGCAACUUCCACGGAGAGUCAGUGUGGCCGGCCGCUCGGGUUGCAGUUUCACCACAAGUCUGGGGAUCUAUACGUGGCCGACGCCUACAGGGGACUCAUGCGGGUUGGUCCUGGUGGCGGGGAAGCCACAGUAUUGGUCAGUGCGGUUGAUGAUAAACCUCUCCGCUUCACCAACGGGGUUGACGUCGACCAGGUCACCGGUCAAGUCUACUUCACUGAUAGUUCUAUGAACUAUGACAGGACGCAGCAUGAGAUGGUGACGAGAUCAGGGGAUUCAACGGGGCGUCUCAUGAGGUACGACCCACGUACCGGUGAUGUGGCGGUGCUUCAAACACGCCUGGCGUAUGCAAACGGCGUCGCUAUCAGCACCGACCGUACGCAUCUGAUUGUUGCGUCUACUGGGCCGUGCAAGUUGAUAAGGCACUGGAUCGAAGGGGCAAAGGCUGGGACGUCUGAGCCGUUUACCGAUCUCCCCGGCUACCCUGAUAACGUGAGGCCUGAUAGAAGGGGAGGUUACUGGGUGGCUUUACAUGGUGAGAAGAAUGAAUUGCCCUCUCGCCCCAAUAGCCAUCUGCUCGCUGUGAGGGUAGGAGCUGACGGCAAGAUACUUGAAGAGAUGAGGGGGUCCAAGCGUGUCAAGCCGGCGGAGGUAGUAGAAAGAGACAAUGGCAAGCUCUACAUAGGCUCUAUUGACUUGCCCUACGUCGGUGUAAUUACGCGCAAGUAGGAGCCUGAAAUAUUUUUUGUGGUUAGCAAAUAGAUGUAAUUUUUUGUUAUGCACAUUGAUUGUCGAUAAAUUAUUUUGUAUGUCUUUAGUUCCUUAGAACCAUUAAAGUUUUUCUUUUCUUGAUUGAUUGCAAUAAUCGUGAGUUCCUUUGUUGACGGAAAGGUUACCAAUUGUAAGUGCCUUUUCCAUACGACAAACUGUUCAUUAAUCUGAUGCAUGCUUUGA